CCUGGAGCACGUGACUUGGUUCCGGCUUGCGGAAGAUGGCGGCGCCCAGAGCCGUAGCGUGAAAUUUGGUGGUGGUAGUCGCAGGCCAUUCGUGCUGGAAUCACAACAGUGGGACCGUGCGCCAUGUCGCGACUGAUCGUGAAGAACCUCCCAGAUGGGAUGAAGGAGGAGCGUUUCCGGCAGCUGUUCACCGCCUUCGGCACACUGACAGACUGCAGCCUCAAGUUCACCAAAGGCGGCAAGUUCCGCAGGUUCGGCUUCAUCGGCUUCAAGUCCGAGGAGGAGGCCCAAACAGCGCUGAACCAUUUCAACAAGAGUUUUAUCGACAUGUCCCGGAUCACGGUAGAGUUCUGCAAGUCGUUUGGGGACCCGACAAAGCCCCGAGCCUGGAGCAAGCAUGCCCAGAAAACAAGCCAAUCCAAGCCCCCUCCGAAAGACAAAGACUCCAUCUCCCCAGAAACUAAGAAGGAUGACAAGAAGAAAAAGGUAGCAGGUGAACUGGAGAAGCUGAGGGAAGAUAACGAGUUCCAGGAGUUCCUGUCAGUUCACCAGAAGCGGACGCAGGUGGCCACCUGGGCGAAUGAUGCCCUGGACGUUGAGCCCUCGAAAGGGAAGAACAACUUGGCUGAAGACUACCUGAACUUCGACUCCGACUCAGGGCAGGAGAGUGAGGAGGAGGGAGCCGGAGAGGCCCCGGAAGAGGAAGACAGCAGCCUCGAACCCAAGGCAGCCACACGGAAGGAGCUGUCGGACAUGGAUUACCUGAAAUCCAAGGUGGUGGAGGCCGAGUCGCCAUCCUCAGAGGAGAGUGAAGAUGAAGCCGUGAACUGCGAGGAAGGGAGCGAGGCCGAGGAAGAGGGUUCCUGCACCCCCGCCGCCCAGCAGGACAGGGAGGCGGCCCGAGCCGAGACCGAGACACCAGCCAACCAGAAGGAACGCACCACCACCCACACCGUGAAGCUGCGGGGAGCCCCGUUCAAUGUCACAGAGAAAAAUGUCAUGGAAUUCCUGGCACCCCUGAAACCGGUGGCCAUUCGAAUAGUGAGAAAUGCCCAUGGAAACAAAACAGGGUACGUCUUUGUGGAUUUCAGCAGUGAAGAGGAAGUGAGGAAAGCUCUGAAAUGCAACAGGGAAUACAUGGGUGGACGCUACAUCGAGGUGUUUAGGGAAAAGAACGUCCCCGCAGCCAAGGUGCCCCCAGAGAAUAGCGCCAAACCCUGGCAAGGCCGGACACUCGGGGAGCAUGAAGAGGAAGAGGACCUGGCCGACUCUGGGAGGCUCUUUGUGCGAAACCUGCCCUACACCAGCUCCGAGGAAGACCUGGAGAAGCUCUUCUCCAAAUACGGUCCCCUGUCUGAGCUGCAUUACCCCAUCGACAGCCUGACCAAGAAGCCCAAGGGCUUUGCCUUCGUCACCUUCAUGUUCCCGGAGCACGCUGUGAAGGCCUACGCGGAGGUGGAUGGGCAGGUGUUCCAGGGCAGGAUGCUCCACGUGUUACCAUCCACCAUCAAGAAGGAGGCCAGCGAGGACGCAGACGCCCCAGGAUCAUCGUCUUACAAGAAGAAGAAAGAGUCAAAAGACAAAGCCAACAGCUCCAGCUCUCACAACUGGAACACGCUGUUCAUGGGCCCGAAUGCAGUGGCCGACGCCAUCGCCCAGAAGUACAGCGCCACCAAGAGCCAAGUGUUCGACCAUGAGACCAAGGGCAGCGUGGCCGUGCGCGUGGCCCUGGGAGAGACCCAGCUCGUCCAAGAGGUGCGGCGCUUCCUCCUCGACAAUGGGGUCAGUCUGGACUCCUUCAGCCAGGCCGCCGCUGAGCGAAGCAAGACCGUGAUCCUGGUGAAGAACCUCCCGGCCGGCACCCUGGCGGCCGAGCUGCAAGAGACCUUUGGCCGCUUCGGCAGCCUGGGUCGCGUGCUGCUGCCAGAGGGCGGCAUCACGGCCAUCGUGGAGUUCCUGGAGCCGCUGGAGGCCCGCAAGGCCUUCCGACACCUGGCCUACUCCAAGUUCCACCACGUCCCCCUGUAUCUGGAGUGGGCUCCGGUGGGCAUAUUUUCCAGCCCAGCCCCACAGAAGAAAGAACUCCAAGAUGCACCAGCAGAGCCGGCCGGAAAGGACAGGAUGGAGCCAGAAACAGACGGCGAGACCCCAGAAGGUGAAAAGCUGACAGAGGGAGCAGCACACGACACUUCAGCAGAGGUGGAGGAGGAAGAGAAUGAGGAGAGCCUUCCCGGGUGCACGCUGUUUAUCAAAAAUCUCCACUUCGACACGACCGAGGAGACGCUGAAGGGGGUGUUUUCCAAAGUGGGUGUGGUGAAGAGCUGCUCCAUUUCCAAGAAGAAGAACAAAGCAGGCGCGCUGCUGUCCAUGGGGUUUGGAUUCGUGGAAUACAGGAAACCGGAGCAGGCCCAGAAAGCUCUCAAGCAGCUCCAGGGUCACGUCGUGGACGGCCACAAGCUGGAAGUCAGGAUCUCAGAACGAGCCACCAAGCCAGCCCUGACGUCCGCUCGGAAGAAACAGGAGCUCAGAAAGCAGACAACCUCCAAGAUCCUGGUGCGGAACAUCCCCUUCCAGGCUGACAGCCGUGAGAUCCGCGAGCUCUUCAGCACCUUCGGGGAGCUGAAGACAGUCCGCUUGCCGAAGAAGAUGACGGGGAUGGGCUCGCACAGAGGGUUCGGCUUCGUCGACUUCCUCACCAAGCAGGACGCGAAGAGGGCCUUCAGCGCCCUGUGUCACAGCACCCACCUGUACGGCCGGAGGCUGGUGCUGGAGUGGGCCGACUCCGAGGUGAGCCUGCAGGCCCUGCGGCGGAAGACGGCCGAGCACUUCCACGGAAAUCUAAGAAGCAGCGUGGAGGCUCACAGCCGCGUGCAGGCAGAGCUGGGAUGUCCUCGCUCAAAGCUCACCAGUUCCCAGUUCAUUUUGAAGCCACUUUUACGUGGUUCCAAACUCUCUUGACCACAGGAUCCCUUUUUCCAAGCAAAAGUCUUAGAAAAACCAAGAACCCCAAUGUAGAAAACAGAGAAAGUAGAACCGCUCUAUUCAAAGUCAGGGUGUAAGAGCCCGCACGUGUUCAUCCUCCCUGUCAGGAGUUGGUUGGAAAACCACUGAUGUAAACAUGUCUCAUGAAGCAUGGAGUGCAGGCUUCCGUGGUACACGAGGUGAUUUCAGGCAGCCCAUAAACUUUAUUUUUUUUAAUUUUUAACUUAUGGGUUUAUUUUCACAUGUAUGUUACAACUGGAAAUAUACAGCUAGCUCAUCAAGCCAAUGGUUUUGCCAAGCCCUAAGGAGGAGGUAAAAAAAAUAGUGAAUUUGUAUAAAGAAAAUUAUUAAGAACAUGAAUGUGAUACAAAGAAGAAGUGGUAAAGGGGGCUUCCCUGGUGGCGCAGUGGUUGAGGGUCCACCUGCCGAUGCAGGGGAUGCGGGUUCGUGCCCUGGUCCGGGAAGAUCCCACAUGCUGCAGAGCGGCUGGGCCUGUGAGCCAUGGCCGCUGGGCCUGCGCAUCCAGAGCCUGUGCUCCGCAACGGGAGAGGCCACAACAGUGAGAGGCCCGCGUACGGAAAAAAAAAAAAGAGAGACAGAAGUGGUAAAGGGAAUUCCCUGGCUGUCCAGUGGUUAGGACCCCAUGCUUUCACUGCCAAGAGCCUGAGUUCAAUCCCUGGUCAGGGAGCUAAGAUCCUGCAAGCCACACAGCUUGGCCAAAAAAAAAAGUGGUAAAUAAGGGACAUGAGUGAUCUAAACUGGGGGUUGGUAGUCUGCGGGCCUGUGGACCAGGUCCAGCUGCUGCCUGUUUGUAAAAAUAAAGUUUUAUUGGCACACA